CGUCAGUGUGCGGGGGUCUACCGUGGUGGGUUGAUGUUACUCUCGUGCGCUCCGCUGUUUCCCGCACUGGCCUCCCUCUGACAGUGGAUUCUUCUUUUGGGGAAUCCGUUGCCUCUGUGAUUCUCUCAAACACUUAAUACAGACUGUUUCACUUGUCUGUUUAGUGGUGAAAUAUUGUAAGAAAUUUGGUAUUCCCACGCAACAUAGUGUUUCAAAAAGUAUUUUACCUUUGUGUGGGAAUAUUUGAAACUGGUGUCCAGGGAUUAUUCAGUGUGACAAGAACUUUCAAGUCAAAACGGUGUGGGAAGAUACCAUCAGAGGACGGAAAAUCGACGGAAGUUGAGGUGUCGGGAAGACUUGUGAGCACCAGCAGAAGUACAAGACGCGGAGAUGGGGAGUCUAGUGGAGACGGUGGUGGACGGCUACCAUGACCUGUUUACCAACCACCGGGAUCCACGUGUGGAUGGAUGGCUAUUAAUGGACUCACCAUGGCCCACACUCCUCGUCUGCCUAGGCUACGUGUUAAUUGUAAAGGUGAUUGGCCCACAAUAUAUGAAGAACCGACCGCCAUUCCAGCUAAGAAAUAUACUUGUAGCGUACAAUGCCUUCCAGGUGGUCUUCUCCAUUUGGAUAUUUUACGAGAUUGGAAUGAGUGGAUGGUUCACACAUUAUUCAUUUCGCUGUCAACCUGUUGAUUAUACCGACAAUCCCUCUGCUAUCCGUAUGACCUAUGCAUCAUGGUGGUACUACUUCUCCAAGUUCACAGAGUUCUUUGACACUUUUUUCUUUGUCCUGCAUAAGAAAUUUGAGCAUGUAUCAACACUUCAUGUUAUUCAUCAUGGCUGUAUGCCCAUGAGUGUGUGGUUUGGUGUAAAAUUUACCCCAGGUGGUCAUAGUACUUUCUUUGGAUUUAUCAAUAGUUUCGUGCAUAUAGUCAUGUACGUAUACUAUAUGCUGGCUGCCCUGGGUCCACGUUACCGCCGCUACAUUUGGUGGAAGAAAUACCUUACUAACUUCCAGAUGAUCCAGUUCAUCAUGAUCUUCGGUCAUGCUUUCCAGCUUUGCUUCACUGAGUGCAACUACCCUCGAGCAUUUAUGUGGUGGAUUGGUGGUCAUGCUGUCAUGUUCUUCUUCCUGUUCUCUGACUUCUAUAUUAAAGCCUACCUAAAGGGAGCUGCCAAAGUCAAGGCAUUUGCAAAUGGAACUUCAAUAUAUGUAAGGUCAAAUGGUCAUGCCAAUGGAAGCCUCGCGAAUGGUAUCACUAAACUUGUCAAUGGGGUCUCAAAUGGCUAUGCAAAUGGAAAGGCAAAUGGUCAUGCAAAUGGAAAGACAAAUGGUUUUGCUAAUGGUCAUGCAAAUGGUGUAGCCAAUGGCUAUGCUAAUGGUCAUGCUAAUCAUGCCAAUGGAAGUAUCCACAACAGUGAAGUUCAUUCAGAAGAAACUAAUGGUCACAUCCCCAAAACUCCUGAUUCUCCCUCAAUGAGUACCAGAGUUCGAAAACUAAUGUGUAUGAAUGUAGACUCUGUGGUGGACUGAGCCAACUUGCCUCUACUACCUCACGCCUCAAGCCAGUCCUCACCAGCAUCCCCGCCUCUCACCCGUGUAACAGAGAGCUCUCACUCCCCAGCGUGCGUCAGUUAAAGAGCACUGUUGAUGUGACAGAUUAGUGCCUGUCACUGAGGUGUCUCCCAUAGCAGUGUGCAUGUCAAAUAGUACAGCAUAAUCAAUAAUCCAGAUACUCUGUAAUGUGCAUCUCAUGCCAUGAGCUGUUGGAUCUAAGUUUUCAGGUCAUAUUUUAGUUUUUUAGGAUGCUCAUAGCAAUAACAUCCUUACUUGACAGUACCCAAGUCUUGCAAGUUCAUUCUUUAGAUCAAACUGUAAUAUGUUUUUUUUUUUUUUUUUUUUCUCUCCGUGCAUGGAGGAGACAUAUUACUUUGACCUAAAAAGUUUUGAUUAGAGAUAAAAUGCAAUAUUUGUGGGAAUUGUGGUAUGUACAAAGAAGAUUAAUUGACUGAUGCUGACCCAAACAUUGUUGGGAUUUAUCUGUGUAAAAAUUAAUCCCAGUGAAAGUAAAUCACACUGUGUAGAUCUAAAAGUUGGCAUUACAAAGGAAACGAAUUGCAAUGUAAUGAAACACAAAUCUAGAAUGGUAAAAUAUACAUAAGAUAUACCAUUAAGAAGAAAGAUCUGACAUUUUCUAUCUGUAAAUUUUAAAUGCUGUCGGUGAAAUGUUGGGUUAUGAUGGAGCUGUUACAAAAUUACCUUUUUAUUCUUAAGUUUUGGGCUAGAUAUGCUCAAAAUUUAAUAAUGAACAUGUACAAGGGGUGGUCAUUGUGUUUUCAGAUUCACAACUAGUAGUCAACUAGCCUAAAUAUUAUUGAUUGCCAAUCUUGCCCAUAUAGGAAAUUAUAGGAAGUUUACUGCCAGUGGCUUCGUGUUGUCAGCCUGGUACUGAAGAGUGUGUAAUAUAUAAAUGUUGCAGUUCAAGGGGAGAAACAAAUAGUAAAAUUUUACCCAUUGCAGCUGUUACUCAUGACAUAUUGUAAGCUAGGAUGGAAUGGCUGUGUUAAAGGAAGAUAGUUGAUGGGGGGGGGGGGAGUCAUAUUCCACUUUCAUCAUCUUUCUAAGCCAUUCAUAGGUCUGUGGUGCCUUUUUUCAUUAUUCUAGAAAGGUUUCUCAUGACAUGUAUUCUACAAACAUUUCCAAUACCUAAAGCUUUAUUCAUGUAAAAUUAUGAAAAUAGCAGUGUUGCUCUUUCUUGUAUAUUGUGUAUGUUGAGGUAAUAUUUUUUCUUUUUUAACCAGGAUGAGUAUGGGUACCAAUUAUAUGGAUAUGUAGUUAAAGGUUGGAAGGAUUAAACUGCACUUUUUGUGGCAUUUCCAAACUGUUGUGUUUAGUAGAAAGAAGUUUGAUGAUUCUCAUUCAAAUUCAUCGUACUAACAAUCAAAUUUUACAGUAUACAGAAAUUUAUUAGUUCAGUUAAUGACACUUUUCAAGUCAUUUUUAUACAUUUUAUUAUAGGAAUAUAUAUUAUAAUUGCUGGUUCAUUGUGGAAUAUGGUCAUGGAAACAUGUUAAACACAAUGUAAAUUGUGCCUUAGAGCAGUUAAAGAAAUUUAAUAGGAACAUGGUGGUAAAAUAAUGACAAUUUUCAAUGUCAUAGGAAAGUGUUUUCUUGAUACUUUUAAAGACAAUAUAUGUGUUGCAAUUUUUUCAUAUUUUUUCUUAUAAGUUGUUUGUCCAUUGUAGUUGAUGUGAGUAUUGGUGUUGCAUUUCAGUGCAGAAGUUAAUGUAGUGGUGCACAUUAAUUUGAUGUUUAUGCUAAAGAUACAUGUGAUUUAGAAGUUCAGUCUUCAUAUUUAGUGAUUUUAUUGUAUUUUUGUUUUUCCUUCAAAAUUUACUCUGGUUUACAAAGUCAAAAUUAUUAAUAUUGUCUCAGUCAGUGAAUAAAUUUGACAUAUCAGGAAAGCAAGCAAGAACAAAGUCAGUUUAAAAAUUUAUCUGCAUAAUGUUAACUAUGCAGUUGGUAUGAUUAUUUGUGAGCAUGUUUUGUUUCAUCUGCUGUAUCACAGUAGUCACCCAGGUAAAUCUUUAACCAUGAAUGCUAAAAUGCUAUUACAGUACAGUACAAUAAAACAAGAAUUUGCAUUCAAAAAAUAUAUAUUAUUUUGCCAAAGAAGUCGAGUUGUUCUUGACCAGCCAAGUUCUUCGCCUGACUUUGUUAUUCUUGCAUUAUAAAAAAGAAAUACAGUAGCAAGUCUGUAUGAGAGUUUAUUGAAUGUUGUGAUUUAAUUUGUUUCACCAUUUUUAAAGUGUCCUUUUAUUUAUUAUCUUAAAAUUGCAUGUUGGAUACGUGUAACUUUAAACCCCAAGAUUGUCAAACAGGUUGUAAAUACCUAAGCUAAGUUUAACCUUUAAAACCCGAGCGACGUAAGACCAGCCGGACCCUCCACAUGGGCAUAUUUCGGCCCCCAAAAAUAGAUAUACAGUUUACAUUCUUUUAAAAUACUUAUCUUACUCUAUAUAAACGAUGUGGCCUAGAGGUAAAAAAAUUUAUAAAAUGGGAAAAAUGAAGAGCAUGGGUGUGUGUGUGUGUAGGUGGUGGGCUAUAACUGCGAGGCUAACUUGCCAGCCAGGCUGCUGUGUUUAUUGUUACUUGUAAUGAAACUAAAAGUUGUCAAAAAAAUCAUUGUAAUACUCUAAUGUGGCUUAGAAAUAUGGCAAAUAUAAUAUAAAACUAUAAAAUAAGAUAAAUGAAGAGCAUACGUGGGGAGUGAAUGCGUGUUGGGGCGGGUUACUGGACUAUAACUGCAUGACUGUUCCCUCCUGACCACAUGUCUUUGAGUCAGCUAGUUGACUGCCUGAACUGUAUCCAUCACUCAGUGGAUGGUUUUGGUGUGGAAGGAGCUAUUUUUUUUUACAUAAAUUAUGUGUUCUUGCAUUUUAUGAUGAGCUAUGUAUUGAUUUUGUUGUUUAUUGUAGCAAUAAAUAUGGCAGCUCUAAAUUAAUGAAUAGCGGUCGAGGGACAUGCGUCCCUCAUGAUAGUUGGCAGGUAACUGACCACGAGGCAUGAGUCUUGAGACAAAGAUUCCACAAGCUGAAAUGCCAAUUAAACAAAUAUCCAAUACAAUAUAUUUCAUCCUGCCUGGACAUUCAAAAUAUGCCGCGAAAAUUAGGAAGUAGAGGAUUGUCACCCGGGGUUGCCCAAGUGAACAUUGAGGAAUGUCAUGUGGGUUUUAAGGGUUAAAGGAAGAGGGGGAGAAGUCAUGGUACACAGUGGCUCCUUCAUCCUUAUGUUUUGCAAAUUAGUGCCCCAUCUAACAUGCUCACUUACGUAGCUCUUGUCUGUGUGUUAUGUAGGUUUGGAGUAUUCUUAUCAAAGUAAAUCUGUCGCCUCAGGUUUUUUCUUUUUCUUUUUUUCUUACACUUUUUCACAUUCCAUUCCUUCAGUUAUUUUUUACGCUUCUGUAAACAACCUCUAGGUAGAUCACUCAGUGCUAGAAGUGCAAGGAGACCAAAGCUAACGUCUCGUGUCAUAUAUGUUUGGGACAGAUGAGAGAAAAUUAGGAUGUGAAAAUUCAGUUAGUGGUGUCUCAGUUGCUUAAUUUUAUACUGUUUUGGAUUACCAUCAUAAACUGACUCACAAGCAUAAAUGUUGUUCAAGUGCAUAAGUGAAUGUUUUACAAGAAUAAUUUGUAUAUGUCAAACAUGUUCAUUUUUUGUA